AUGUCUCUUGUAAUAAGAUGUGUGAAUGUUUCAUCUAAUCAAGUAAAUGUGGAAGAGUUCUUUUUAGAAUUUUUAAAGGUGGAUGAUACAUCGGGACUGGGUCUUUUUAAUGUACUUAAAGAGGUAUUGUGCACACUCCAACUUGAUAUUAGUGAUAUAAGAGGACAAGGAUAUGAUAAUGACUCUAACAUGAAAGGGAAACACAAAGGUGUACAGAAAAGGCUACUUGAAAUAAAUCCUAGAGCAUUCUACAUACCAUGUGGUUGUCAUAGUCUUAACAUUGCACUUUGUGAUAUGGCUAACUCUGGUCCCAAAGCUAUCUCUUUUUUUGGAGUGUUACAAUAUAUAUAUUUAUUGUUUUCAUCUUCUACAAAGCGGCAGAAAGUUUUCAAAGAUCAUGUGGAAGUUAACUCAGUUAGCAAAAUGUUUCAAAGGAAAGACAUGCAUAUUGAUGUUGCUAUAAUUCAGUUAAAAGGACUCAUUACCUUUUUUGAAAAGCAUAGAGAAACUGGAUUUUUGGAUACCAUGAUUGAGGCUACAGAAGUUGAACUCGAAUGGAAAUUGAUCCAGUAUUUCGUGAAAAGUGUGUCAUUCGCAGAAAGAAACAAUUUGAUGAGAAUGUUGGUGAAGAGGUGA